ACAGUGCAAUUGUAAAUAGCCUACGAAAAGCGUCUUUUAUCAUGUAGUGUCCUUUCGUUAUCAGUUUAAUACGGAGACUCCAAAAGGAUUAAGUCUAGGCUACAAUGCUCAGAAGGGAGGCAUCUCGGUCUUACCAAGAGUUCAGUGAUGAUAAUGGCGAUGACCCCUCAGAAGCUUAUCAGAGUCAUGCAGAAGACAAUGAGGCAUCUAAGGCCAACGGAUCAGCUCUGCCUGAUGAUGAUCCCACCGAGAUCAAUCCCUUGUUGGGAUUUAACAAGACUUGUCUGAAAAGUUUCUUUUCACUUAUUCUGAUGCUUAUAUAUCUCGCUUUGACAGCAGGGGCCGGGUUUCUAGCCUAUCAAACUAUUUCUGAUUUCCUAGACAAACUCAACCACCCUGUUUUGUCAGUCAGAUACAAAGAAGUAGAUGUAUUUGAAUCCCCAGGUAUUGCUCUCUAUCCUGGAACGGCCAAAUUAGUGAGCUGCGAGCACGACUACCAUGACCAUGUUACCCCACGACUAACUGCUGGGGAAUUUGAAGAGGGAGACUGUGUGAUGGAGGAAGUCAUCUACACAGAUCCUUACUCCAAUGACACCAAGAAACGAGCCUUGGUGGUCCAAGGUCCAACUGAUGUCCUGAACCGGGAACUGAUAUUUUUGCAGUUCAGUCAGAAUGGAACUGAGGAAGAUUUUAGUGCCAUCAGUUACAUGCUGUUUGCCCAAUACAGUGACAUGUCCAGAAGCGUUGACAAGCAAGAGUUUAUGAGAGAAUGUGAAACAAACUACUCCAUGUGGACCUUCUCUGGAGGAUUUAGGACCUGGGUCAAAAUGUCUUUAGUGAAGACAUCUGGCAGGAGAAAUGAAUCUGUGGAAUUUCGACAAGAGUCCAGCGUCGUGAAGUACAAUGACAGACGACCACCUAAUGAACGAACAAAUGAACUUUUCUUUGUCGUGUUCCAAUGGCGGGAUCCAUUUAUACAAGAAGUGAAAGAUAUAGUCACAGCAAACCCUUGGAAUUCGUUUGCCAUUCUUUGCGGAGUCCUCAUGGCUCUUUUUAAAGCUGCUAACUUUGCAAAACUCACAGUCCGUUGGAUUAUGAAAAUUCGGCGGAGACACCAAAAGAGCAAGCGGAAUAGGGAACUGAACCAAAUUAGUUGAUAUCUGUUCUUAUCCGAUUGUGUAUAUUACCACAUUGUGUAUGUAUAUUGACUUCUUAGGCCUCUACUAUCAAGUCAUCGAUCAAUCGAUCAGUCAUGAUUAUGCUUAUUUAAUGUGAAUAUUAAUGAAUGAGCCUUGGAUGUUGCAAAUCCAGUUUGGCAUUUCCACAGAUUGUGUUAAUAUACAUGUUGGAAAAUGUAUAUUUAUUUCACUAAAUUACCUCACUGCCAGUGAUGGUUAAUAUACUGACAUAAAAAAAGUAAAAAGAAAUUCACACUGAUCUUGCAAAGAAGUAUUUAUUAAAAGGGACUACUGUCUGUUUUUGCAAAAGAUGAAUAAUUCUUAAUCUUUGCAUAUGUGUGUGUAUUGCCUAUGUGUGUAUUGUAGCAAAACUCCACUUACCAUUUUUACUUAAUUACUAUGGGGUAAAUUCACCACAUACUGCCAAUAUUCACAAUUCAUAAUUUGCCACAAUGCCAAACCAGACAUUUAUAUAGGUAAAUGUAUAUCCAGCACCACAGUUAAACUGUUAGUGAGACAAUCAUAGCCUAUGUUCAACAAAAAUAAAAUAAAAACAGUGGCAUAAUGAAUUGCCUGUUCAUGUGUCUGUAAAAUAAUUUGAGCUGAGAAAAGGGAGUCUGUUUAUUUAAGUGGAACUGUCAUGGAAAAACAAAUGUUUGUAUGAGCUUCAUGUUCUCACUUUUCUAUUAAAACCCCGUUUUGA